UCGCCGGACGUUUGUUCCUGGCACACGUUUGUGCUUACUCUUACACAAACCGUCUAGCUAUCAACGGAUAAAUUUGUUUGUUUGUCAAUUUCUUAUCUUACAAAAUUCAUAAGUUCAAUAUCAUGGAAGUGUUAAUUGACUGCUAUUUUGAUCGAUUGUUCGAUGGAAUGGAUAGAAGUAGUCUUGCAUCUCGACACAAAAGACGACAACUUGUGAAAUUCUUUUCAGAUGUCAUAAAAAGUUGCGCAGAAGCGGAGAAUCUCGAGAAAGCGGAUGUCUGUGAGCGUAUAGUAAGGGCAGCACUGCGCUACCACAGCAUUUCAAUGGCCGAGAACGGCUCGGUCUGUAUGCUCGGCAAAUUCCAUAAUGUCCUUUACGUGGCUGCAAAGCUCUGUUACGACUGGCAGAUCAACAACAACGAGCUCGUCGCUAAGAUACUCGAUGAUAUGUUCUACUGCGAGAAAACGUUCGAGAGAAUUUUCGUGGGUGCGAUUUUUGGAACGAGAGUCACGCACUUUUUGUCCGGCUGGAAAAGUGACUUUGACGACAGAGAAGAGAACAUGCUGGCGUUGGUUUACUUUUUGGAUCACGCGGUGGCUGGUCGUCUGGAGUACGACUGCCAGAGGCUGUCGUCGAGAAGAAGAUUUAUCGACGUACCGAUGGAAUCGUACGGUCAAGUUUUACCUCUGCGUGUGGCCGUGCAGAAUGGUUCUCCCGACAUUUUGCAAAUAAUGCUGCGCUACGGAGCCUCCACAGAAAAUGACAAAUUGGCUCCGGCUCCCAUUGAGAUUCUGCUCUCGCGUCUGAACGAGUACGACGAAGACGUCAACUGUCCUCAGCAUUUGCUCACCUGUCUCAAGCUCUUGCUGCGAACGAUUCCGAGCGUGUACAUAAAAGUGCCAAGCCACGUAGCCGAGACCUGUGGCAUUCAGAGAGUCUCUGUUUACGAGCAAUAUCCGAAUCUCACCGAUAAAAAUCUCUUGCCACCCGAAAGGUCAGGAAUUCGUCCACCUGAACUCAGGCACUUGUGCAGAUGUCGGAUACGACAGUGUUUAUUCGAAAACUGGGCAUUGCCACACGGUAUAAGACAACUGCAGAUACCAAAGACGCUUCAGGACUAUCUUGAUUUAUUGGCUGAUUGAUCCGUUGCGAUGUUUAAGAUCUUGUAAAAUUCUUCUGGCUCUGUGAUUUGAAAAUCUGUUUGAAGACUGAAUAUAUGCCAGUAUUUUUGCAUUUUCAUACUUAUUCAAUUUGUAAACAGAUUAGUAUUAUAAAACCGUCGUCAACAUCAUCACCGUGUAUUUCGAAAUUACUGAAUUAAAUACAAGUUCAAUUUUUGUACA